AUGGAGUUUGGCCUUGAAGGCCAUACGGCCACAAUGUGUGGCGAAUCUAUUGUGGUGGUUGGUGGGAAAACAGCUGCCUUUUACCUUAAUGCAUCCGUGUUCAGUCUCGCUCUUUCAACAUUUGAAUGGCGACGACUUGUGUGUGACGGUGCGGUCCCAUUGCCGCGGGCGUACCACUCGGCGUGCUUACACGGCUCACGGCUUGUUGUCUUUGGCGGCAUCACAAGUGUCGGGGUGAACGAUGUCCACUACAACACGUAUAAUGUCUUUACGUUGGCUGACGGACUUGAUAGUGAGACGCUGCAGCAGAUGGGAACCGAUCGUUUUCGAGACACUUCUUGGCUGCGGCCCGUGAUGCCACAAAAUUUUGAGCCUAACGGGGUGCUUUAUAUUUUAGACAUGUCGAUUUCACCGCCUCGCUGGGAAUCGGUAGAAUGCACCGGCGAUGUGCCAUGCAACCGCUCGCAUCACGCUGCCGCGGUGCAAGGAAAUUCCAUGUACAUGAUUGGAGGAUACAAUAUUUAUUCCCCACAGACGCAGCCGACGGUUGACUUUGGCUGCUUGUACCGCCUUGACUUGACAAGUUUUUGCUGGACAAUGAUCAAACUCAACCUUCCGCUGUAUUAUUGGGGGUCGACACUGACCCCAUUGGGCGGCUCAUUGCUUUGUUUCUUUGGUGGUGUAUCGCGCGUAAAAAAUCGAGAAUCGCAUGACACGUUUUUAAUUAGCACUGAAACAGGUUUUGUGCAGCCCGUGAUGGAGAACGACUGUACCCCGUUGCCCCGAACAGCGCACUGUGCAUGGCGGUGGGGCUGCUAUGUGUACAUUUUUGGUGGUGCCGGCUCAGUCGCCAGUCGUUUCUUUAACGAUUUGCAUCGUCUUUAUGUACAAGGAGGUUCGUGGGAGGCGGUUACGACACACGUGAACACAACACCAUCAUCAUCAUCAUCAUCAUCAUUAUUUUCUGCCCCUCUGCCUCUUUCUGGGUGCGCUGCUGUGGUGGUUGGCGAGCAUUUGAUUCUUGUCGGCGGAAUGCGUUCAAACUUGGCACGGGUGUCGAGUGUAUUUCUUCUGAACAUGCACUCGUUCACGUGGAGGGAAGCAGAGACGGUGUUUACCAACACACCGCUGCCGUUUCCAAUGCCACUUUCUCCCAUUACCCGCAACAUUCCGUGCUCUUAUAGGGCCGACGUCAGUAGAGGCGUGCAGACGGCGUGGAGGGGCGAAAUGCCACCCGCUCUCUCACGCAACGAUUGUGAUUCGGAAAUGACGAUGCCCUGCCGGGUAGCCGUCAAGCAUCGGUUGCAGCAGCAGCAGCAGCAGCAGCAGCAGCAGCAGCCGAAGAUGAAUGGGGACGAAAGACGUCACUUCGAGAAGCGCCCGUACGAACGCUGGGAAAGAGAGUUGGAUGAGCUUCACAAGUUGACAGCGGACUGGAGCAACAUGAUUACUGGCCUGAGCGCCCACGCCAAGGGUGCUAAAUGGACGUCGUGA